GCGCCAGCGCGCCGCCAGUGCGCAGGCGCGCCGCCCCUCGCCUCGGCUCUUCCUUCUCCCGGUUGCCGGACGUCAGCGGCCGUUGGGUCCUAUGUCGCGCCGGGCCCUCCGCAGGCUGAGGGGGGAACAGCGCGGCCAGGAGCCCCUCGGGCCCGGCGCCCUGCAGUUCGUCCUCCGUGAUGACGACGAGGCGGAAGAAGACGGCUCCACACGGGAGCCCCCCGGCAGGCGCCGCCGCCCCUCGGGGAAGGACGGGGUCCGCGUCAACAACCGCUUCGAGCUGAUAGAUGUUGAGGACCUGGAGGAGGGCCCUGUGGUGAAUGGGGAGAGGCCCGACUGUCUGCUGGUCAGCACCCCCGUGGUGUCAGGCAGCAAGAGGAGGGCCCAGAGCAGCAGCACCGAGCCCACGAACGACGGAGGCACUUCUGGCAAGACUGCAGCUAUUGAGCAGUCUAAUACCAGUAGCAAGCUCCGAAAGAAGAAAAAGAAACAGAAAAAUAAGAAGAACUCUGUGGGGGAAAGUUGGGAAAAUGGGCUGGAGGACAUUGAUCGCAUCUUGGAGAGGAUCGAGGAUAGCAGCGGCCUGGUCCGGCCUGGCCCGCCACCCCUGAGCACCAAGAAGCAUGUCCUGCACGUGGAGCACAGACACUUGAACCCAGAUACAGAGCUGAAGAGGUAUUUCGGGGCUCGGGCAGUCCUCGGGGAGCAGAGGCCACGGCAGAGGCAGCGCGUGUACCCCAGGUGUACAUGGCUGACAACGCCCAAGAGCACGUGGCCCCGGUACAGCAAACCAGGCUUGUCCAUGCGGCUGCUGGAGACUAAGAAAGGCCUGUCGUCCUUUGCGUUCGAGCACAGCGAGGAGUAUCAGCACACGCAGUACAAGUUCCUGGCUGCUGUGGAUUCCAUGGAGCCCAACAACAUCGUGGUGCUGCUGCAGACGAGCCCCUACCACGUAGACUCGCUCUUACAGCUGAGCGAUGCCUGCCGCUUCCAGGAAGACCAGGAGAUGGCACGAGACCUCGUGGAGCGAGCACUGUACAGCAUGGAGUGUGCCCUGCACCCUCUCUUCAGCCUGACUAGUGGAACCUGCCGGCUGGAUUACCGCAGACCUGAGAACAGGAGCUUCUACCUGGCUCUCUACAAGCAGAUGAGCUUCCUGGAGAAACGAGGUUGUCCCCGCACAGCGCUGGAGUACUGCAAGCUCAUCCUGAGCUUGGAGCCUGACGAAGAUCCCCUGUGCAUGCUCCUGCUGGUGGACCACCUGGCCUUGCGGGCUCGCAACUAUGAGUACCUUAUCCAACUCUUCCAGGAGUGGGAGGCCCAUCGGAACCUGUCCCAGCUCCCCAAUUUCGCCUUCUCUGUGCCCUUGGCCUACUUCCUGCUGAGUCAGCAAGCAGACAUCCCAGAGGAGGAGCGGAGCUCAGCUCGGGACCAGGCUUCCCUGCUGAUCCGACAGGCACUCGUCAUGUUCCCUGGAGUGCUCAUGCCAUUGUUGGAGUACUGCAGUGUGCGACCUGACGGAGCCGUGGCCAACCACCGCUUCUUUGGACCUGAGGCCGAGAUAAGCCAGCCUCCUGCGCUGACCCAGCUGGUGAGCCUCUACCUCGGCCGGUCCCACUUUCUCUGGAAGGAGCCGGCUACUAUGCACUGGCUGGAGGAGAAUGUCCACACCGUGCUGCAGGCCGUGGAUGCAGGGGACCCUGCUGUUGAGGCUUGUGAGAGCAGGAGGAAGGUGCUCUACCAGCGUGCACCCAGAAACAUCCACCGCCAUGUGGUCCUCUCUGAGAUCAAGGAAGCAGUGGCCACUCUGCCUCCGGACGUAACCACGCAGUCUGUGAUGGGCUUUGACCCUCUGCCUCCUCUGGACUCCAUCUACUCCUACGUCAGACCAGAGAGGCUGAGCCCCGUGAGUCACGGGAACACAAUUGCCCUCUUCUUCCGAUCACUGUUGCCGAAUUACACUGCAGAGGGAGAGAGGCCAGAGGAUGCGGGGGCUGGGGGCCCGGACCUCAACCACGGCUUGAACAGGCUGAUGCUGGCCUUGCGGGACAUGAUGGCCAACUUCCACUUCCAGGACCCUGAAGCACCGCACGAGGACCACCCCGAGGGGGACGGGGAGUGGGACUGAGGGACCAAGCCCCAACCUGUAUAAUUAUGUUCCUGAUUUUUGUUCUGGUCGGAAUUGACCAGUUCUCUGCAGUGGAGGUGGACUGUGCUUGGCCUCUGCCCCCAUAAAUGUGGAUGGGUCAGA